UUCAGCCGCGCCCUCAACCCCACUCCGCGGUGGGCGGGGCCCGAGCCAGUCCCUAAAGCCAAGCGGCCGCCAGUUCCUGGGCUGGUGCUUCCGACUGACCGCUCCGUGCUGCGCCCGGUCUGUCCCAGUAUCCCGUUGCCGCCGUCAUGUCCCGGCAGCUAUCGCGGGCCCGGCCCGCCACGGUGCUGGGCGCCAUGGAGAUGGGGCGCCGCAUGGACGCGCCCACCAGCGCAGCAGUCACGCGCGCCUUCCUGGAGCGCGGCCACACCGAGAUAGACACGGCCUUCCUGUACAGCGACGGCCAGUCCGAGACCAUCCUUGGCGGCCUGGGGCUCGGGCUGGGAAGCAGCGACUGCAGAGUGAAAAUUGCUACCAAGGCCAAUCCAUGGAUGGGGAACUCCCUGAAGCCUGACAGUCUCCGGUUCCAGCUGGAGACGUCACUGAAGCGGCUGCAGUGUCCCCGAGUGGACCUCUUCUACCUACAUGGACCUGACCACAGCACCCCGGUGGAAGAGACGCUGCGUGCCUGCCACCAGCUGCACCAGGAGGGCAAGUUUGUGGAGCUUGGCCUCUCCAACUAUACCGCCUGGGAAGUGGCCGAGAUCUGUACCACUCACCCAAGAGCAAUGGCUGGAUCGUGCCCACUGUGUACCAGCUCAGCUGAUUCCCGACCACAGAUGCCCAGCCCAGGACCCCAUAGGAAGCAGGGAGGGUUUGACAAGAGGCUGGGCUGCGUCUUCAGCCCUCCUGGGUCCCUGCCCCUCCUAGACCAGAGCCCUGAGGAUGGAAUCAGUGGGCAGAGAUCUACAGGAGUCGGUGAGCUGGAGGUGCUUGGUGUGGAUGGCUGGGGUGGGGUCAUCUUUAUGUGGAGACAGAAGUCCUGGCUGGUGGGCCGCUUCUUUGGGAAUCAGUGGGCAGAGAUCUACAGGAGUCGCUUCUGGAAGGAGAACCACUUCGAGGGCAUUGCCCUGGUAGAGAAGGCCUUGCAGGCUGCAUAUGGCGCCAGCACCCCCAGCACGACCUCAGCCGCCCUCCGGUGGAUGUACCACCACUCACAGCUGCAGGGUGCCCACGGGGACGCGGUCAUCCUAGGCAUGUCCAGCCUGGAGCAGCUGGAGCAGAACUUGGCAGCGGCAGAGGAAGGGCCCCUGGAGCCAGCUGUCGUGGAUGCCUUUAAUCAAGCCUGGCAUUUGUUUGCCCACGAAUGUCCCAACUACUUCAUCUAGGCCCACUGUGGCUCAGGCUGCCCAAGGCUCUUCUGUCACCUCUUGUGCUCUCUCAUGCUUUUUGUAAUUUAGAAUUGCCUCAGUAAAUUCUUAGGGACGGAAGUAUUUGGACGAAAACUUAACAGUAGAGUCACCACCAAAUGAAGAAUAAAGCCUCGCAGGAUGCUGUG